AUGUCUGUACACACCCUUGCCUGGGCACGAACAAUACACAGGUGCACACAGACGUGCGCAUACAUCCACACCGCUUCACCGCCCGACUAUGACUGCCCUGCCCUCGCUCUGGCGCUGGCACUAUGUCUUGCUCAUUACUGCGACCUCCAUGGCCCGACCCCUUUGAUGGUCACCGAGGGUCUACCUGCCUCAUGUACCGUCUGCUUCGAAGAUGGCACAGAACCUGCCGAUGAUAGACCGCCAACUAGUGCGCAUACUUCUUCGACUGCCCUGAACGAGGCUUUGAAGAAUCUCGACCUUUCCCGGAGCACGUCGAUACCAGCUUCUGAGCAGGACGCUCAGGCGCAACGGGCAAAGCUCUUGCGAAACUCCAGCUCGAAUACAGGCACAAACCCAAGCGCAAUCGACACCCCCCCUGAAAGUCCUCGACCAGUCCCUCCCCAUCCCCGGCGUGAUUCGAGCUUUCGAAGAACUUACGAUGAGACGGUUACGAAGAAGCAAGGGCCUUGCGAUAACUGCGCAAUGACCUUACCGCGCCAACAGGCGGGAUCAAACAGCCCGCAACUGGCGAACAAUGCUCGUGGACCAACAUUACGCACACGUGCGCCUGCAGAACGGGUGUUUGGUGCUGGAGGGCAGGCAUCACCUCCCAAUUCACAAACCUCGAGCGAUACUGACGGAGAGCGAGACGAAAACCCUCGGGCUGCUCGUCACAGAGUAACACCUUCCGUCAGCUCACGCAAUACCUCGCGAUCAAGCAAGAGUGGUGGCACAGGCAAUUCAACCGCAGCUGAACGGACACCCUUUCAUCUUCACUAUGUCGAUUACACAUCGACUCACGCUCCAGUCCUACCCGACUCUUUCUCACUAAUUCGUGCUUCUUGCUUGCGCACUCUGUCCUUCGAGACUUUACCUCGGGCUCCUUCGACGGCAAACCCCACGUCACCCGUCAUGACUACUUCCCCGGCCUUUGUCACAACACAAAGCGCCGGCUCGGCUGUCACGGGCGGUCCCAUUUUCUUCGGCGAUGCCAAUGCCGGUUACACGACGGCUUACAUCUUCCGUAUCCCUGAUGUACACGCACGGGGUCAUAAGCGAGUUUAUGCUUUCUUGGCGCUAAGUACUCACCGAGAGCGCUUGGCCAUGAAAACAUUUGCCGUGGUUUCGACAGCCUUCCGAGACUUCGCUACUUGGAUCCAACAGCUUGCCGAAGCUGAGGCUGAGAGAGCGGCCGAAAACUCUCCUAUUGGUAGCAGCAUCUACGGGGGUGGCUAUCCGCCUCAGCAACCGCCUGUUGAGACGUCCGGAGGCCACGAUCGCAAUGGCAGCAGCUUCCUGACAGGUGGCAGCGGGUUCACCCGACGCAUGGGUGGUGGACCUGGUGCCUCGGCCCCCAAAGCCCGCGGUCUUGCGGAGAUUGUUGGCCAGCCUGAUAUUUUUAUUGAGCUGCACCGACGUUUUGUUCACCUGCUCUUUGAGGUCGGUGUCACUUUGAGCUCGUAA